AUGCAUUUUUUCCCUCGAGCAGAUACCGCUCUCCUCUCCUCCACCUUUGACUACCACAAACUUCCCCCGAGGCCGAAGACCAUCGGCCCCAUCUUCGAUGCAGAGAACUUCAAGACGCCCGUAGAGGCCUGGGCCCCGGAACGCGACGACUACUUAUACCCCGCGAAGCCAGACCCCUACGCGCCCACCUCAAUACCUCCUGAGCCGACCACUUGUCCCUCCAGAUACCUCCGGACGCGACUGGCCAAGAAUGAGAGAUUGAGACUGUCGAUGCUAUGGUACUACGCGAGAGACCUCGAUAACGAGCCUGAGCUGCUGGCGGGCCUGCAGGAGAAGGCAUGUCUUGCCCAGGAAAACUCGGGCUGGGAGUUUGCGGUUAUCGGCCUGCUCGACGCCAAUGUUUACAUCCGCCUGGCCACCGUCGGUCUCGAACUCGCUAUUCUUCCUCGCGGCGAAACCAUCUGCGCACACACAGUGACGCAACCCCCAGGAAACGUCUUUCUCCUACCGAACAUGCUCGAAGACUGGCGAUUCCGAGAGUGUCCGUACGUUGAACAAGGCGGCCUUAUCGCAUACGCAGGCGUCCCGCUUCGAAUGCAGCACGAAUCAGGUGAAUGUGUUGGCCUCGGAUCGCUUUGCGUAGCGUCAUCGACACCGCAGCCCCCGUUGUCUAAAUCGCAGCAGCUGGCACUCGCGCGCUUGGGCGACUGGGUUGUUUCCGAUAUCAUACAAUGCGCCCGGACAAGGCGCCAGCGUGAACGAAACCGGCUCGUUGGACUUAUUGCGGCUCUUGAAAAGGAGCCUGAAGGCGAUGAUGUUCAGGAACCGGUUCUGCGAAUACUUCGCGAAGCAUACCCCGACGAGUCAAUUAGUCUGCAGUCUACGGGAAGUGGGCAGACAGGCACGAGCAUACCAUACCCCGCGGCGGCAUCGGACCUGAAACACGGACUGUGGGAGGACGAUAACUAUAUCGAAGACUUCAUCGCCAACUCAAAUUACGACGAACCGCCGAAGGACAGGGUUGUCCGCUACAUUUCAGCACAAUGCGAAACCAAAGUCGGCCUUUCAGCACUCGUGUUAGCAACAAAAGACUUCAAACGAAUAUUCGACGACGUUGACUCAUGGUUUGUCCAUACGUGCGCUACCCAGCUCACCCAGCGAUGGCAGAAGCGUCUGCUGAAUGAAGUCAUGAGGGCAAAGGAGAAGUUCCUCCGGGGUGUAUCUCACCAGCUGCGAACACCCAUCCACGGCAUCCUUGGCGCUGCGGAGCUUCUCACAGAGGACCUAAGGUCGUUAACGGUGCCUGGUAGCUCACAGCUACGGCCUGGGGCGGAGGCGCUGAUGCAGCCGCUUGCUGACAUUGCAAAGUCAUAUGUUUAUCUUGAUACCAUCGCGACAGCAGGUAGGGAAUUGAUGUCGACCGUCAACAACAUGAUUACUCUCAACAGGUGGGCCGAUAUCGCUGCUGCCAAACGGCAGUAUGAUACAUACGAUAUCCAGGCGUUGGAAACGACGCUCGUCAAGGGGUUAUUGGAGUUUCCCUCCAGAGAUCCACGGUUACAAGCCCCCGUUUUCUUUCAUCACGACUUAUCCCCCGAAUGCGACGGUCUUCGCCUUGAUAUGAAUCUCUUCCGCGACAGCAUUCUCCCUCUUAUCCUCAACGCUGUUCAGAACACAUCCGAGGGUGUCGUAACGGUCACACUGUCGUACACUCAGAAUACGAGUAUGCUCACGGUUGACGUGCAAGACACGGGCUGCGGCAUUAGUCUAGAUGACCAGAGCCGUAUUUUCGAUUUGUAUGAAAAGGUCGCGGAGCAUUCCACAGGUGCUGGACUGGGUUUGACCGUUGCUUCCAAGUUCUCGGCGUUGCUUCAUGGAUCUGUGGAGUUGGUGUCAUCGGAGGUUGAUCGUGGAUCUCAUUUCCGAGCAACGUUCCGUGAUAUGCUUUGCACGGCUUCAUCGUCCCCUGCGCAGUCUGGAACUGUCUCCCGGUUCAAGCACCUCCCACAGAAGUUCCGCCAUCUGCCAUCAGAUUCUCCAGACGUGCACUUGCCGUCCAACUUAGCGAGGUACCUCGGACGAAAUGGCUUCUCAUCAUCAAAUGAAACCCACGAAUGUCUCAACAUUGUUGACUACAUUCACGACCCGCAACAGCGCCAAAAGUACGAGUCAACACUACCUCAAGAUCAGGUUGCUGUCUGCCUUGUUCCACACUUGCACCAAAUUGAGACGCAAGAAUCUCGGAAUAUUAUUUUCAUUGACGGACCUUUCUCAGCAUCCACGCUUGAUUCUGCGCUGCUCAAAGCCGAUGAGCUAUUGACGAAGAUGCGCGAGUCAAUAAGUGAACCUACUCACCCGUCAUCUGCUCCUACACAAGAUGAUUGCGGUGCUUUACCAAGACCUUCAUGCAGACCCACAGGAUGUGAUCAGGACUCGGGCUAUGGUUCCAUGAACAGCUCAUCAAUUAGCGGAGGAGGAACAAAUACGCCCCAACUCCAAACCCCAUCAGAACACCAGACUGCAACUUUAUUAUCGCAGACUGACGCACCGCCCGUCAACCUCCCCAUCAGACCUUUAAUACCCCCUUCGGCCCCCACAAAGCCCUUUACCCUCAUCGUCGACGACAACGCCGUCAACCUGCGCAUCCUGGAGAUGUACUGUAAGAAGCGCGGCCUCCCCUACCUCAGCGCCGUCGACGGCAAGCAAGCAGUCGACAUGUUCACCAAGCAGCAGGCUUCUGGCGGUGCCCAAGUCGGGCUCAUCCUCAUGGACUUGCAGAUGCCCGUGUGUGAUGGUAUUAGUGCUACCCAGCAGAUCCGCGCGUUAGAGAAGACAGAGGGAAGAGCGGUACUAUUUAUAGUGACGGGACAGGAUAGCACACUGGAUAGAGAGGCGGCGAGUGCGGCGGGGGCGGAUGAUUAUCUUGUUAAGCCGGUGGGCAUCAAGCUGCUGGAUAGUAGUCUGAAGGGAUACUUCCCAGGCUUGACGAAGUGA